AUGCCUGUCGAAGCGCAAACAAGCGCAACAUCUGCGAUGACGCUGACCGCGACCCUUUCCGAUGUCACCGGCUUGGCAAACUUGCUCAAGUCCGUGUCGAUACAGACUCAUGCCGUCGUGAUCGCAUCGAGCUCCGGCUUGGAGAUCAUCACCGAGCUCAAUCGCACUUUGCAAGCUCACGCCUACCUCUACUCGCACAUGUUCGACUCCUAUCACUUCCAAAAGCCUACCAGGGACGCUCGCACCGGCUCCUCUUCGCAGACCAGAGCGAGGCGCCCACCCGCACAGAAGCGCGCCAAGGGUAAAGGUCGGCAGGACGACACAGCUGAUCCCGAGAUUUCAGCGAGCUCAUCCGACCAAGAAGAUACACAAGAUGUGACACAAGAUGCCAGAGGGAAACGUCAGCGAGAACUCGACGACGACGACAGGCACGCACGAGAGCCUGGUGGUAUUGAAGACGAGCCUGAGAGCGUCUCGUUCGAGGUCAAUCUGCAGACCUGGAUCUCGUGCCUCAACAUCUUUGGCGGCGUGGGUCCUUCGCGUCCUCAUGGCGCCAGCAACGGUCAUUCAGGCCAUCGUCCAGACCAGGCGGGCGGCGGUGGAGGGACGACUACGGGAGGUCGAGGAUACAAUCGCACGCGCGACGGCACCGUGGAUCCCUAUGGCGCCGAUCGUGCUGGCUCGGUCGAAAGAGGCUUUGACCGCAAUCCGUUCUCAUCGACCGCAAAGGCGACACGCAUGAAGCUCAGUUAUCAGGGACAUGGCAAUCCGCUCGUCCUGGAGCUCGAACAGGAGACCAACGUGCUGACACGCGUAUCCAUAUCGACCUACGAGCCCAGCUUCCUCACCGACAUGGUCUUCGACCCUCGAAACAUGGUGGCGCAGGUCAUUGUUGGAUCCGAGCUCAUGCAGUCCGCCUUUUCCGAGAUCGACGCCACUUGCAAGAAGCUCUCUAUCCUCAUGACCUCCCCGCACUCCGCUUCAGCAUACAACGGCAGCGAGGCCGAGACGAACAGGACAUCGAGCAUGCUCAGAUUCAAAGCCAUCUCGGACACGGGCUCGUCGGAAAUGGAGUUCCCCGCCAGCCUGUCAUCGGCUGAUCCGACCGGUGUCAUCGAGAAAUUUGUCGCGCUUCCCGGCAGCAGCGAGCAAUGGUACGACUUUACGCUGCUCUCGCGCACCAUGACGGUGCUGCGAUCGUCCAUCAAGACAUCGUUACGGAUGGACGAAGCAGGCCUUAUCAGCUUCCAGUUCAUGAUGCCAAAGUAUCGACGCCAGGCUGGUGCAACCACCGCAGCAGGUCAGGCCGCUCUCGAGGAGGAGCAAGACGCCUUUUGCGAGUUCUUGUGCUGUCCGCUCGACACCAGCACUCUGAUCGUGUGA